CAAAACUCAACCCCAAUGUUAGCAGUCCAUUAGACAAAGCAUUUUAUGCAAACUUUAUAGAUGUAUUAAACCUACCUAAACAAACUGGUAGGUUUAAUUCUACAACGGAAUUUCCUUGCUAUCAUGAAACACUUUACAAGCCAGAUCUUUCCGGAAUUCGACUUGGGAAAAAUGUUGUGUUUGAUAUGGACAUGAGCGCUGGAGACUUCUUAGCCCUCUUUUAUCUUCUUAAACUUCCCAUCAAGGAUAUCAAUCUAAAGGCAAUUCUAGUGAGCCCAAACGGUUGGGCGAAUGCAGCAACACUUGAUGUGGUUUAUGAUUUGUUGCAUAUGAUGGGUCGUGAUGACAUUCUUGUGGGCAUUGGGGAUCUACUUCCACUGAACAUGUCCUAUUCAGAUUUCCCUGGUGUUGGUGGAGACCGUAAGUAUCAAAAGGGCAUCCCACAUGGUUACGGAGGAUUUCUUGAUUCAGACACUCUUUAUGGAACAGCUCGCGAUCUCCC